UGGCAACGUACGCAAACAGUCCAUUGCACUGUGUGGAAAGUGCAUUACGGUGGUUAAAUGAAGAUGAUGGAAGAUAACUGUGUAGCGUUUAAUUCAGGCCGUUCCCAGAGACAUCCAGGAAGAUACUAUACAAAGGACAAACCUCAGAUGGACGCGAAUGACAGCCCCAGACCUGCGGAUAAGACUGCUUCAAUCCCUACUAGAUACCAGACUGUGGUGAAAAAUAACACAGACAAGAAAGGUUUCUCCUCACAGACCAAGAGGUUCAUUUCUGAAGAUGUCCAGAAUGACACGCCAGGACCAGGCUCCUACAUUUCCCAGCAGUCUGCAGACCUCAUCAGCCCCUCAUUCUCCACGAAGGGCACCGGCGGUUUCGCAUCACAGGCCGCCCGCAUGCCUUGUCCCCCCCGCCGUUGCACCCCUGGGCCCAACGUCUACAACCUUCAGACUUCCCUACUGUCCAAGUUCAGCUCCACCAAGGGCUGCUCCAGAGUCUUCUGUAUGCCUAUAGUCAUGAAGGUGGAAGACCAGCAGAAUCAGACGCCUUCUCCCAAUCAGUACCAUGUGUCUUUUAGUGCGGUUGAGAGGAACAGCACUGUAUCUGCCCGGUCUUCAUUUGUAUCGAAGACCAGCAGAAGCGGCCUGCACCGCGCUGUUGAAGGUCCAUCUCCGUGUCAUUAUGCUGUAAAUGAUGCCCUAACCAAGACGUCCCCUAAGGUGCCCGUCUCCUGCUUUAAGUCUGGAUCCAGCCGCAUUCAGCCCCCAGUGAUCAGCCAAGCCCCCGGGCCGGGAAGCUAUAAACCAAACCAGCCCCCUGAACCCGUUAAGAGGACCAUUUUCCCGAAGAAGUACUACCUGGUAUUGGCUGCCCCAGCUAUGACCAUGCCAAAGACUCCGCCCCUCCCAGGGCCUGGCCAGUACAACAUUGUGGACUGCAAAGGCCCACACAGGCAGUACAUGUCUAGUGCAGUGUUCAUGUCAGGGACAAGCCGAUGGAUCAGAGAAACAGGCGGAGAUGGACUUCCUGGGCCAGGUCUCUACGAUCCCCGGAUGCCUUCAAAGAAGUCCUUUCUUUACAAUUUCUCCAAGAGAUGGAUCCCUGCCUGAAGACCAGUCUCUCCUUCUAUAUGUUUGCGUGUGACUUACGG